AUGUUUGUGAACAACUCUGCACGAGCACCUAAGGAGUCUUACCUCCCUAAUAGCCCGUGGUGGCGCGUACGUAUCUCUACUGAGAUGUACGAAGCGAUUGACAACCUGAAAUCCCUUUACGACCGUGCCGGGAAGACUUUCUCCGGUGGUCCUUCUGCGGCACAGGAUGUGCCGCGUCGUACUGCUCAAUUCGACCCAGUACGUCGAUCAUCAAUUGGGAGCGGGGCUCCCAAGAAUCCCAGGACGGGGGAUAGCCGCGCCACCGGACGAGAUAACUCGUCCGACGUCCGUUCACGUCGCGGUGGUUCAACAGCUGCUCAACUAGAUAGCGCUGGCCACCGCGAGAGUCCUCUAAUGGAGGUGGAGGAGGAGGAAAGACGCUCUCCACACGAUCAUGUGGAUCGGUGUGUUCCCGAGAGCUUCUUUGAUCGCGUAACGCAAGGGUUACGCGACGAUCUCGAGCAUGAGCGGAAUAGGCGUCUCCAAAUGGCGGACACUGCCUCGAAGCAUCGAGCUGAGUUUGCCUUUGCUCAGCUUGAGAACGAGAGAUCUCUGACAUCUCUUCGUGACGAGCUAAGGGUAGCUCGUGGGAUUGCUGAUCGGUCUCGGGAUGAGAUAGCUGCUCUUCAGACCCUUUUUGAUGCCCACCAUCGGGAGCACAAGGCUCUCUGCGAGAUGCUUGAGCGCAAGGGCGUUCUUCAUCGGAAGAAGCAGCGUACUGAUGGUACGGCUUAA